AUGGGAAAUACACAAUCAAAUUUAAGUGAAUGGAAUAUGGAUUCAAAUAAAUUCCAACCACCCAAAGAACCAUUAAAUCCUAAAAUUGUUAACAAAUCCAAGGUCGAUAGAAAUCUUAAUGAUCGUUUAUAUCAAAAACCAGAUGAAGGUUUAGUUUGGCCACAUAAUGAUAACUUUAGAGAACUUUACCCAGAAUUUGACGAACAUUAUUUACUUGGAUAA